AUGUCGUACCAAAUCCCGCCCCCGAGCUCGCCUGCGCCAGCUGCAGACGACCGACCCCUGCCCCCCGGCUGGAUUAAAGAAUGGGACGACACCUACAAAGCGUGGUACUACGUCGACACAGCGCGCACACCGACCUACACGACCUGGCACGACCCGCGCCAGGUCCCAGUGGAGCUCUCCUCGCCCACCGCGCCGGCCAUCCCCUCGCCAUACCCGUACCGGGACGACAACGACCCCUUUUCUGCCGCUCGCAACACCUCCACCUCCCAAACUCAAACCCAAACCCAGAACGCAAACGCCGACCGCGGUCUGCUGGGGGAUGCAUUGAAAUACGCCAGCGGCCACCAACAAUCACAAUACGGAUAUAGCUCCUCGACCCCCUCGAGCGCGGGUAGCGGCGUCAGCCCGAUGCUCUCAGCAGGCGGCGGCGCAGCUGCCGCGCUCCUUGCCUCCAAGAUAUUCGGCGGGUCCCACCACCAGAGCUCCGGCGGGGGGUUGUUAGGCAGCUUAAUGGGCGGGGCCCGCCCGCCGCCUGGACCACCUCCGCACCAUGGAGGAUUCGGAGGAGAGUUCGGUGGCUUUGGCGAGGGCAGGCACGAACACCACCGACCCGGCUUCGGCGGGGGAGAGCUCGGCGGCUUUGGAGGCGAGGGCAGGCACCACCACCGCCCACCAGGGGAGUUCGGCGGCGGGGGCGGGAUGUUCGGCGGACCUGGAGGGGGGAUGUUUGACGGCCCCCCGCGCCAUCACCAUGGUGGUCCGGGAGAGUUUGGCGGUGGUGGCGGUGGAAUGUUUGGCGGUGGGCCGGGUGGCGGGGGACAUCAUCACGGUGGAGGAUUUGGCGGGUGGUAGAGAUAAUGUGCGCAUGUAUGUAUACUCGCAUCGAUGUACGGCUAGCAUCAGCUUGUCAACGCGUCGAUUAACAUAGAGCAUGCAUUUACUUCGAACUCUGCCUCUCGCUACAUAUGAAUCCGCUCACCCCCCCUCGAUGAUCCGCCUCACGAGCGGCGCGACCGCCUUCCUGGUUGCCUUCGCGUUCCCCUGCUUGUACACCCUCACCCGCCCCUCCCUCUCCUCUUUCUCCAUCUCCUCCCCCUCCAUGUCCAUCUCUGCCUUCCCCCUCUCCCCCUCCUCCCCCUUCGCACCUUCCAAAUACUUCCCCACCCCCUUCCUCACGACCUCCAGCUCCCCGCUCCC